CAACUAAAAACGUGUGGCGUAUCGUGACAAAAAUUUGCAUUUGUGUUUUGUACUAUAAAUAGACGUUUCAAAUUGGCAGUAAUACAGUCUUUUACAGAACUUAUAGCAACUGGCAUAAAAUGUCCACGACACACAAACAGCGGUAUAAAAAUGUCGCUCUGGACUCAACUGAGAUGCGCCGUAGACGCGAAGAGGUUGGGAUACAGUUGCGUAAAACGAAACGCGAACAACAGCUCUCAAAGCGUCGUAAUGUUGUGCUGGACUCAACGCCGUCGACUACAACGAGCGGCGGCAUCGGCAGCAGCAGCGGAAGUGGCGAUGUGCAGCUGCACAGCGGUGACAUGCAUAUGGCCGACAGUAGCGGACAGGGUGUGGGUCUGGGUUUGGCCGUGGGCGGAGUGCAACAGCAUGGAGCCGGUCAGCAGGAGGCGUCUAGCUUGCAGCCCAUCAUUGAUGCGGAGAUGAUUCAAAUGCUCUAUAGCGAUAAAGAGAGUGACCAGCUGGAAGCAACACAAAAGUUUCGCAAGCUACUGUCCCGUGAUCCCAAUCCCCCAAUAGAGGACGUCAUAGAGAAGAACAUUGUGCCACAAUUUGUGAGUUUUUUGCGCAACAACUCAAAUGCAACGCUUCAAUUUGAGGCGGCUUGGACAUUGACGAACAUUGCAUCGGGUACUUCGCACCAAACAAAGAUUGUAAUUGAGGCCGGCGCAGUGCCCGUAUUCAUCGACCUGUUGUCCAGCCCCCACCACGAUGUGCAGGAGCAGGCUGUGUGGGCGUUGGGUAACAUAGCUGGUGAUUCACCGACGUGCCGAGAUCAUUUGCUUACAUCUGGUAUUUUAUUGCCACUAUUACAUGUGCUGAGCACUUCGGAUCGCAUUACCAUGGUGCGGAAUGCCGUUUGGACGCUGUCUAAUUUAUGCCGUGGUAAAAAUCCUCCGGCGGAUUUUACUAAAAUUGUGCAUGGUCUACCCAUACUAGCGCGCUUACUGGACUACACUGACGCGGAUGUGCUCAGCGAUACGUGCUGGGCCAUUAGCUAUCUAUCGGAUGGGCCAAAUGACAAAAUUCAGGCCGUGAUUGAUGCAGGAGUUUGUCGGCGUCUCGUCGACCUGCUUCUGCAUCCGCAACAGAACGUGAGCACGGCGGCACUUCGAGCUGUUGGCAAUAUUGUCACCGGCGAUGAUCAGCAAACCCAAGUGAUAUUGAGCUACAAUGCUUUACCGUGCAUCAGCCUUUUACUAUGCUCAACGGCUGAAACAAUUAAGAAGGAAUCGUGCUGGACCAUUUCCAACAUCGCGGCUGGCAAUCGGGAGCAAAUACAAGCAAUUAUCAAUGCCAACAUAUUCCCUCAACUUAUGACUAUAAUGCAAACGGCUGACUUUAAAACUCGUAAAGAAGCGGCCUGGGCAAUAACAAAUGCCACCAGUAGUGGCACUUCGGAGCAGAUUAAUUAUUUAGUACAGGUCGGAUGUGUGCCGCCAAUGUGCGACUUUCUCACUGUAGUCGAUUCGGAUAUUGUCCAGGUAGCUUUGAAUGCGCUUGAAAAUAUUCUGAAAGCAGGAGAAAAGUAUCAAGUGCGACCAAAUCCCUACGCAAUAACCAUUGAGGAGUGUGGCGGUCUGGAUAAAAUAGAAUAUCUGCAGGCUCACGAAAAUCGCGAUAUUUAUCAUAAAUCAUUCUACAUUAUUGAACAAUACUUUGGCAACGAAGAAGAGGAUACUCGUGUUGCACCCGUGGCUGGCAGUCAACAGUAUGAGUUCAAUCCGCACAAUCUGCCCGAUAACGGAUUCAAUUUCUAGCAUGACAAAAACAAACACUGCAAACUUAACCAUUAACAAAUGGUAAUCUCUUAGAAGAAUCAUGAAAAUAGCACCAAAAUGUGUGUAGAAAGGGCAUAGAAAAUACGACAUGCACUGACAACACCGCAGUGUGCAGUCAUUAGCAUUUAAGUCAUAAAAGCCCGACAUUUGAUUUACGUUUAAUUUGUUUGUUAUAUACUCUAAUUAUCAUUAUUAUUUGCGAAAGCGUUCCAAAAAUUCGAUGUGUGCAUACGGUCUAGGACCACAACACCUGCAUUUUACUCCAAAAACGUUACAACCACAACAGAUAUAAAUGUAUAUUGUAAAAUAUACAUUAUGGAUGUAUGUAAAUGCGUCUAUGGUCAUAUAUCAUACGUAAUGAUCGAUUUUAGCUAGCUACAUUAAUGAAUCCCUAUAUUUUUUUGUAUAUGCGAUGCUUUCCUAAUGACUGUAAAUAUUUUCAUUAAAUAUCUAAGUACAUCUUUACGUAUAUAUCUCCCAUACUGAGUUCGAAGCCGGCUUUGGUG